UGCCCCGGCGAGACCCCUCCUUCCUCGCCCGUCGCCGCUAUAUAUACCUCUCUCUCCCUCUCGCACCUCCCCCAAGCCGAGCACAUUACUGCCGCGCAGAUACAUACAUACAGGAUACAGCCGAACCCCGCAUUCGCAUGCGCCAUUGCUGCGCGCUCUUCAGAAUUCGCCGCGAUUUCAUCUCCUGCCGUGGUGCUCUCUGUUCGCAAGGGAUCCGCUGUAUGCGCGGCCGGGUUGAUUUGUUGAUGGUCAUCUAAUUUGGCGAGAUCGUUUGAUUUGGCGGGGUGAAGAAGGGAUCAUCAACCGAUCGAGGGAAGGAAGAACCGAAGAAGGGAGCCCACGAAGAACACGCGCGUUAGUGAAACACCAAGAUGGUUAAUUUCGGGAAGGCGUUGAUGGCGGAUCAAUUCGAAGAGUGGAAAGAAUAUUACAUUAAUUACAAAAUGAUGAAGAAAAAGGUAAAACAGUAUGUCCAGCAGACUCAGAAUGGUGGGAGAAACCAUGAACAGGUUCUUAAAGAGUUUUCAAGGAUGCUUGACGAUCAGAUUGAAACGGUUGUGCUCUUUCUACUGAAAGAACAAGGUCAUCUUGCUAGCAGGAUAGAGAAACUGGGACAACAGCGUGCCAUACUCUCGGACCAGGUCGAUGUAUCACAAGUCUCUCAAUUGCGAGAGGCUUAUAGGGAAGUUGGGCUUGAUCUUGUUAAGCUCCUUAGGUUUGUUGAUAUGAAUGCUACCGGAAUCCGGAAGAUACUUAAGAAAUUCGAUAAGCGCUUCGGCUAUAGAUUUACGGAUUAUUAUGUAUCAACUCGUGCAAACCAUCCCUAUUCUCAGCUUCAGCCGAUCUUCAAGCAAGUGGGUAUUGUAGCUGUUGCCGGUGCUUUGACACGUAACCUUGCAACUCUGCAAGAUCACCACGGAAGCUUUACGUCCAUCUAUGAUCAUCCAUCAAUUACAUUGAAGGAUCCUGUCAUUGAACAAAUAAACCAUUCAGUACAGAAACUCACGCACUCCACAACCUUCCUGAAAUUCCUAGGACAACAUGCACUCAUUGUUCCAGAAGACAUGCACAGUAGCUCAGACGAUCUUGUCGAUGACCAGAGCUACCAUUUCAUGUCUCUGCUGCUCAACCUAGUGAACACAUUCCUGUACAUGGUGAACACAUACAUCAUCGUGCCGACUGCCGACGACUAUUCCGUGAGCCUCGGGGCAGCGGCGACUGUUUGCGGUGUGAUUAUCGGAUCGAUGGCAGUUGCCCAAGUUUUCUCUUCAGUUUACUUCAGUGCCUGGUCGAAUAAGUCCUACUUCAGACCCCUCGUGUUCAGCAGCAUUAUGCUGUUUUCAGGGAACCUGUUGUACGCUCUGGCGUAUGAUGUGAACUCCUUGACUGUUCUCAUACUUGGCCGGCUGCUCUGCGGGUUGGGUUCUGCCAGAGCGGUGAACCGUCGGUACAUCAGCGACUGUGUACCUCUCAAAAUCAGGCUGAAAGCGUCCGCAGGAUUCGUCAGUGCUAGUGCACUCGGAAUGGCAUGCGGUCCUGCGUUUGCCGGGUUGUUGCAGACAGAGUUCAAGAUAUAUGGAGUCACUUUUAAUCAGAACACCUUGCCCGGGUGGGUCAUGUGCGUCGCUUGGGUUGCAAACUUGUUUUGGCUGUGGAUCUCAUUCAAAGAACCGGAUCACAUUGCUAAAGCAAAUGCAGCCAACACGCAGUCCUCUGAUUCCGGCCAUGGACGAAGUGAUAAUUUGGAGGAUGGUUUGGCACAGCCUUUGCUCACGGAGGCAAAGGAGAGGCAGGAUGAAAAUGUAGAAGAUAAUGACGAAAAGGAAGACCCAAAAGAGUCUCAUAAGCCGGCAACGUCGCUUGCUGCAGCGUACAGAUUGCUCACACCAUCUGUGAAGGUCCAGUUAUUGAUCUACUUCAUGCUCAAGUUUGUAAUGGAAAUUCUACUCUCGGAGUCGAGCGUUGUCACGAGCUUCUAUUUUCAGUGGUCCACAAGCAGUGUGGCCAUCUUCCUAGCUGUUCUCGGGCUGACAGUUCUUCCGGUCAAUGUCAUCGUCGGAAGCUAUAUCACCAAUCUGUUUCAAGACAGGCAAAUUUUGGUAGCGUCUGAAAUCAUGGUCCUGAUCGGCAUCGCCACGAGCUUCCAUUUCACCUCCCACUACUCCGUUCCACAAUACGUCUCGUCGGCUCUCAUCACAUUUGUUUUUGCCGAGGUGCUCGAAGGGGUGAACCUGUCCCUCCUUUCCCGGGUAAUGUCGUCGAGGCUUUCGCGGGGGACGUACAACGGCGGGCUCCUGUCGACGGAGGCCGGGACGCUGGCCCGUGUGGCCGCGGACGUGACCAUCACCGCGGCGGGCUAUCUGGGGCAGAGCUGCCUCCUCAACAUCACCCUGCUCCCGUCCUUGGCGAUCUGCGUCACCUCCAUCGCCGCCACAUUCUGCACCUACAACAGCCUCUACUGAAGAGAUCCCGGCCGCGCUAGCUCCCUCGGAUCCUCCAUGUAUACAGGAUAUAACACGGACCGCUCGUUGCUGCACGCGCGAGAUCAAUCUCCCGUUCCAUUUCCAAGCUUUGUGGCGAGCCGGCGACGCUGUAAAUUCUAGGCUGUCGCUACGUAAUGCUGUAGCAGAUCGAUACACGUGGAAUUAAACUGUACUGGUCUAUAUCCUCCGUGUAGUACUAUGCUCCAAACUGUACCCUGGCUAACACGGGUGGGUCGCAGUAAGCUACUAGUACACGACGACGGACACAGAUUGGGAUGUUUGGCUGAGAAGGCGCCGAGGUGAUUAGCGAAGGCAGUGGUGGUUUUGCCGUUUCGGUGGUUAGGGGGUCUUCUUUCCUCACACUCCCUGCGUGCUCGCUGUGGACAGUAAACGUAGUCAACAAUGUAACAGAGCAGGCGGUAGCUAUUGGUGCCUACUUUUACAGCCCGAAUUAUUGUAGCA